UGACAGUCGCAUAACAAUAGGGUUUCCAGGCCGACCUCAUCAACCUCAUCAUGGCCGAACAAGAGCGUCGAGCGCUUCAGUCUUUUACCGCCCCGAAAGAGAUUCUCGAUGAAUUCGCCGAACUCGCUGAACAGGACGAUGAGCCAGACAUCUUCGAGGCUACGGCAAAGACCCGUCAAGUGGCAGCCCGUCAGAGUGAUUAUCAGCUGCGACGAUUCAACCGGGAGGAGGGAGCUGGUGAGGAUGAGACAUACGCAGAGCGAAUGCGGAGAAAUAACUUGGAAAGAGAAGAGGAGAGGGUCAGGAGGUACAAGGAGGACUUGGCAGCGAAAGGCGCCGAAGAAGGUGGCGACAUGGUAGGUCACGAUGGUAUGGAUCUCGACAAAACACCUCCUCGGAAGACGCUCGCUUUGGAAGGCGAUGUGACUCCUCCUUCCUCCAAGAGGAAGUUACCAGAGGAGAACGAGGAGGAUGUGAAGCCUGAGAUUCAGCCUGCCAAAGUCGAGGAGCCACCUAGGAAACGCCGAUCUCGUUGGGACAUGGGUGCCGAGGGACAGGAAGAGGCCAAGCCGAGUACCGCCCCAGUCAAACGUUCUCGUUGGGAUCAGACACCCGCUUCAGCCAGUACUCCUGAGCAAUUGACGAGCUACGGCUCCUCCGUGCCCAUGACUACCUAUCCCACCGGUACCGGUAACACGCUGGCCGGCGCCGUAGAGGAUCCCCGUAAUCGGUAUAUGACGGAUGCCGAUCUGGAUUUGCUGUUGCCCUCUGAGGGCUACACUAUCGUAACGCCUCCCGCUGGCUACACUCCGGUUACCAAGCCGAAUCGCGGGGUAGUAAACUCUGAAGGGCAGCAGUAUGGCGGUUUCAUGAUGCAAGACGACGCGGCGGCGCAAGCAGCUGUAGCAGCUGCAGGAGGUCUCGGUCACGCCGAACCGACCGAGAUUGAAGGAGUCGGUAGCUUGGCCUUUUUCAAGCCCGAAGAUGCGACGUAUUUCGCAAAGAUUCUCGGUGACGGUGCAAACGAAUCGUCAGAUGUCGGUCUGACCGUUGAAGAGCUGAAAGAAAAGAAGAUUAUGCGGCUGCUGCUGAAAAUCAAGAACGGGACUCCUGCCAGCCGAAAGGUCGCACUUCGUACCAUCACAGACAAAGCGCGAGAGUUCGGAGCGGGACCCCUGUUCGACAAAAUCUUGCCCCUGUUGAUGGAGAGAACCUUGGAGGACCAGGAACGUCAUCUCUUGGUCAAGGUCAUCGAUCGAAUUCUCUACAAGCUCGAUGAUCUCGUAAGACCUUACGUCCACAAGAUCCUGGUGGUCAUAGAACCGCUGUUGAUCGACGAGGAUUAUUACGCGAGAGUGGAAGGACGAGAGAUCAUCAGUAACUUGGCCAAAGCAAGCGGGCUAGCGCACAUGAUUUCAACCAUGCGACCUGACAUCGAUCAUGUCGACGAGUACGUGCGAAACACGACGUCUCGUGCGUUUGCUGUUGUCGCCAGCGCUUUGGGUAUACCGGCGUUGUUGCCUUUCCUCAAGGCUGUCUGCAGAUCAAAAAAGUCUUGGCAAGCCCGCCACACCGGUAUCAGGAUCGUGCAGCAGAUCGCCAUCAUGAUGGGAUGUGCGGUGUUGCCGCAUCUUCGGAACUUGGUAGACGCGAUUGCCCACGGGUUGGAAGACGACCAGCAAAAGGUCAGGACCAUGACCGCGUUGGCACUUGCUGCGUUGGCCGAGGCUGCUGCUCCAUACGGAAUCGAAUCCUUCGACAACGUCCUCAAGCCACUUUGGUUGGGUGGGCGAGUGCAUCGAGGCAAGACUCUAGCUGCCUUUCUGAAAGCUAUCGGUUUCAUCAUCCCGUUGAUGGACCCCGAAUAUGCGAGCUACUACGUUAGCAACGUGGUACCGAUCCUGAUCCGAGAAUUCCAGACGACCGACGAAGAGAUGAAGAAAUAUGUCCUGGUCGUCAUCAAGCAAUGUGCCGCAACAGAAGGAGUAACGCCGACGUACAUUCGACAGGAAAUAUUGCCCGAAUUCUUCAAAGCUUUCUGGGUCAGGCGUAUGGCGCUCGACCGUCGAAAUUACAAACAAUUGGUCGAGACCACCGUAGAGCUUGCUCAAAAGGCUGGCGUCGCUGACAUUGUCGGACGGAUCGUCAACGAUCUCAAGGAUGAUAGCGAGCCUUUCCGUAAAAUGGUGAUGGAGACCAUUACCAAGGUCGUGGAAUCGUCAGGAGCCGCGGACGUCGACGAGCGAUUGGAGGUCCUCCUCAUUGACGGCAUCAUUUACGCAUUCUCGGAGCAGACGCUUGAAGACAACGUGAUGCUUGAUGGUUUCGGUACAGUGGUUAGCGCUCUCGGCAUUCGAGCAAAACCGUAUCUCACCCAAAUCGUAUCUACGAUCUUGUGGCGGUUCACCAACAAGAGUGCCAAAGUGCGAAUGCAAGCCGCCGAUCUCGCUGCUAGACUCGCGGUCGUGAUCAAGAAUUGCGGCGAAGAUGGUCUGCUGAGCAAAUUAGGUGUCGUGCUCUUUGAGCAUCUUGGUGAAGAAUACCCGGACACGCUAGGAAGUAUCAUCGCUGCCGAGGGAGCUAUCGCCAACGUGGUUGGAAUGACGCAGAUGAAUCCACCUAUCAAGGACUUGCUUCCCCGCAUGACACCGAUUUUGAGAAAUCGACACGAAAAAGUACAAGAGGCAACUAUCAACCUGAUCGGUCGUAUAGCCGAUCGAGGAGCCGAGUUCGUCCCAGCCAAGGAAUGGAUGCGAAUCUGUUUCGAACUAUUGGAUCUGCUGAAGGCGCACAAGAAGUCCAUUCGUCGAGCGGCUGUCAACUCUUUCGGUUAUAUCGCCAAAGCGAUCGGUCCCCAAGACGUAUUGAGCGUCCUCCUGACGAACUUGAAAGUUCAAGAGCGUCAGAGUCGAGUCUGCAGUACGGUCGCCAUCGCCAUCGUCGCCGAGACGUGUGGUCCUUUUACGUGUAUUCCUGCAAUCCUCAACGAAUACCGUACACCCGAGCUCAACGUACGAAACGGAUGUCUCAAAGCCCUCUCCUUCGUUUUCGAAUACGUUGGGGAGAUGUCAAAGGAUUACAUCCACUCGGUGGUUGGAAUGCUGGAGGACGCUCUGACCGACCGGGACCACGUGCACCGACAGACCGCCUGCGCCAUCGUCAAGCAUCUCACCUUGGGCGUAGCGGGACUUGGCAAUGAAGAUGCACUGGUCCACCUGUUGAAUCUGGUUUGGCCGAACAUCUUCGAAACCAGUCCGCACGUCAUUGGAGGAGUUAUGGACGCCAUCGAGGCCAUGCGUGUCGGUCUCGGCCCGGGUGUCCUGAUGAGCUACGUGGUGCAAGGCUUGUUCCAUCCGUCUCGUAGGGUCAGGGAGGUCUUUUGGCGGAUCUACAACACGUGCUAUCUUGGAGCUCAGGACGCCAUGGUGCCAUUCUACCCGAAUCUCGGAGAGCUGAGCGAUCAAACCAAUCUCUACGACCGACACACCCUUACUGUCUGGAUCUAGCGGGUGCUCAACAUGCUGGCUCAGAGCAUCCUGCCAUGACGUCAAACAGACUGCCAAACGAUUUUCAUGUCAAGCCCCCUGUUGUAUCUCAAUCUAGCCGAUAGCUAGCCAAUUCGCAAUACGCAAAGAGUUAUACGAUAUACCGUAUACUAGCUACUA